GGCUGCAAGGCUGAGAAUCUUCUUCUUAGGCCGGCCAGGUACUGUGGUUCGGGCCGCUCGCCGCGAUGCAGAGCCCACGAAGGAACGCCGAGGGACGCCCGCUGGGCACCUGCGACCCCAGCAGCAGCGGCAGUCCGGCCCAUGGCGGCGGCAGCAGGUUCGAGUUCCAGUCCCUGCUCAGCAGCCGUGUGCCGGGCGCCGACCCCACCAGCGCCCGUCUCCGCGCGUCUGAGAGCCCAGUGCACCGCCGCGGUUCGUUCCCCUUGGCUGGGGCGGGCUCCUCUCAGGCGCUCCCGCCCCAGCUGCCGGAGGAGGACCGCAUAGAUCUGAACCCGUCCUUCCUGGGUAUCGCCCUGCGCUCCCUACUGGCCAUCGACCUGUGGCUGUCCAAGAAGCUGGGGGUGUGCGCGGGGGAGAGCUCGUCCUGGGGCAGCAUGAGGCCCCUUAUGAAAUUGCUGGAGAUCUCGGGACACGGCAUCCCCUGGCUGCUCGGCACCCUCUACUGCCUGUCCAGGAGCGACAGCUGGGCAGGGCGCGAGGUGCUGAUGAACCUGCUCUUCGCCCUGCUGUUGGACCUGCUAUUGGUGUCCCUCAUCAAGGGGCUGGUCCGCAGGCGCCGCCCAGCCCACAACCAGAUGGACAUGUUUUUCACUAUUUCGGUGGACAAGUACUCCUUCCCUUCAGGCCAUACCACCAGGGCCGCCCUUGUGUCGCGCUUCAUCCUGAACCACCUUGUGCUGGCCAUCCCACUGAGGGUGCUGGUGGUACUCUGGGCCUUCAUCUUGGGUCUCUCCAGGGUCAUGCUGGGGCGGCACAAUGUCACCGACGUGGCUUUUGGCUUUUUUCUGGGCUACAUGCAGUACAGCAUCGUGGACUAUUGCUGGCUUUCACCGCACACUGCUCCAGUCCUCUUUGUACUGUGGAACCAACCGUGACACCAUCUCUUUCACUGUGGCACCAGGACAUCUGAAGGUUUCCACCCGUGAUGAUACUGACAUAAACCAGCAUUCAUCAUGCUUGCCCCUCUAAGGACAUUUCAGGUUUCCUUUUGGGAUUUCAAGUGACCUAUCAUCUUAAUUGGAGAAGGCAAUGGCAAUGGGUUGCUAGGCUAGAGCACAGUGCUGACCAUUACUGAUCACAGCCAUAUUACAGAAAGCAAAAAAAAAAAAAUCCCUCUAUUAUAUACUUAUUAAAUAACUCUUUAUCGCUCCAGGAAAACUUUAAAGAAACCAAGUUGGAGUGAUUAUAAUGUUGCUGCUUCUUAAAAGUUGACAUCAGAAAAUUUUGUAAUCCUGUAAAUCAAGAUAUCACCUGUAAAUUGAACUUUGAAAAAAGGAAAGCAACUUCAUUCUGUAAAUAUAUACAUGCAAAUGAGCCACAUCCUUAUCCUUUUCCUGAGGUAGAUUUUAAACAGUAUUUUAAGAGUCUAUGAUAUAGCAUUAAUCACUCAGCUGAGUCUGACUCAUUGUGACCCCAUGGGCUGUAGCUCACCAGGCUCCUUGGUCCAUGAGAUUCUUCAGGCAAGAAUACUGGAGUGGGUUGCCUUUUCCUACUCCAGGGUAUCUUCCUGACACAGGGAUCGCACCUGCGUCUCCUGCAUGGAUAGGCGGAUUCUUUACCACUGCGCCACAUGGGAAGCAGAGGUAGAUUUUAAGAGCCUAUGACAUAGGUUUUUCUAAUUUAUUCUCUGACAAUAUGUUACUAUAGUUGGGGAGAUUUCUUCUUAAUCCUGAUUUUCUUGGCAAGCUUUUUUAGUUUUGUGUCUUCCAUCUUCACAGAUUGAGUAGUGGAAAUGAGAGAUUACAGUACAUAUAUUUCUCUUCUUUUCCUCUACCUCCUCGAAGAUCUUUAAAUAGGUAUUUCCCACUACCCUAAUAUUAUCCUUCUGCAUUCAGAGAACAAGCCAAGAACUUACCUGAAGAAGAAAUACUUAAAAGUGGGCAUAUCAACAGUGCUCAUAGAAAGUAAAGAUGGGCUUACUGCCUCGGGCUUAAUUCUGUUGACCGCAAAUAGCAUGACAGGACAGGACAGAAAAGCAAAGUCACUGAGGAGGUCAGAGGAACUGAGUCUUGGAGGCAGGAUCACCACAUACUUUAUCAGUGGACCAACAUGGAAGGAGAUGGGCCCUGCUGCCUACCAUCUCUACUGAAUAAAGAAUAAUGCUUCUUUAUUGAGGUAAUAAAAUGGAGAAAUAACUUCUUUGCAAUGUAAGAGCAUAAGCUUUCAAAUAUAUACCACAAGGAUGACCCUGUAUAUUAAAGCUUUUCAUGUGGAAUUCCAUUUCUCUAUAUAAGCACACUUUAGGUAACAGUAUUUAACUUGAAAUUCAUCAAGCAGAGCAUACUGCUAUACCAGGCAUAAAGUAUAACUCCAAGAUUUUCUGUUUAUAUUGACUCUCACAAUUAAAGUAGUUUAUCCAUGGUGCCUCCCCAAUUCACAAAACCAAAGACCACCAAAGACAGGGUGGACUCUACUUAUUAUUCCUUGACUGGGAAAGACUGAUGAGGGUGUGUGCUUUAAAUGCUGCUAUGCCUGAAAAUGUGAACCUUUAAAUUAUCUAUGGAAUUGAUGUCUUUAGAUAAUCUUAAUAACCAACUAUUUCAUAUUUAAAAAUAGGGUGAUGGCAUUUGAUCUAUCAUAUAGACAUACAUAUAGGAAUCUGGAGAAUGGCUGUGACAGGUAGGUUCUGACUAGGUGGAAGUGUGAAUUUUCCAGUGUUUGAGGAACACUGAAAAAGGAAUAGCUACUCUUCAAUAUAGAAAUUAUUUGCAUUCUCACAACAUCCUGAACACAGACUACCUCUUCACUUCUUGAAUCAGCCAAACUCUGACACUCUAGGUGGUUUCCUUUAUUUUUAGCCUUAACAGAGAUACUUUAACUGCAGCAAUCUUCAGCCCAGAUAUUUGGAAAAAAAUAUUUCCUCUUGCAGGAUCCACAGGUCUGAAUAAUGGGAGGUCAAAGUUAGGCUCACCUUAUUCCUGAUUAUUUUUUUGUAAUUCCCUAUCUUGACUGCCAGGGCCUGAGUUUGCUGGUUUUUAAAGCACAGGUCAAUUCAUCUGAUUUUUGGGGUGGGGGGGUGGGGGCGGGUGGAGAGUAUACUAAGUACUACAGAGGGGGAAAAAAAAAACUGAUUCUACUGUUAAUUAAUUGUACAUUGAUGAAUUCCUUUUAAAAGUCAAAAUAAAAUUAACCAGUAAUGUUGAA